GUGGAGGCGCGAGGGGCGGGGCGGGCGGGUGGCACUGCGGGCCCGCGGCUCGGGCGGCUCCGGUGGCUCUGGCGGCUCCCGCUCGCAGCUCGGGCUCAGUGCCUGCCGGCGCCCGCGGGCCGGAUUGCCGCCCUGCUCGGCCCAUGCCCAGGGCUACUGCUCCCUCCGCCGGCGCCCGGGGGGCCGCGGCGGCCGUGAGGUGGGGGCGGCCGCGGGAGGCGGCGGGGCCGGCCGCCGGCGCAGGGUCCGGGGGCGCAGCGCGGCGGGCGUAGGUCUAUGUCGCGGGCGGCGGCGGCGGCGGCGGCCGCGGAGGGACGAUGCGCGAGUACAAAGUGGUGGUGCUGGGCUCGGGCGGGGUCGGCAAAUCCGCCCUGACCGUGCAGUUCGUGACCGGCACCUUCAUCGAGAAAUACGACCCCACCAUCGAGGACUUCUACCGCAAGGAGAUCGAGGUGGACUCGUCGCCGUCGGUGCUGGAGAUCCUGGACACGGCGGGCACCGAGCAGUUCGCGUCCAUGCGGGACCUGUACAUCAAGAACGGCCAGGGCUUCAUCCUCGUCUACAGCCUCGUCAACCAGCAGAGCUUCCAGGAUAUCAAGCCCAUGCGGGACCAGAUCAUCCGAGUGAAGCGGUAUGAGAAAGUGCCAGUCAUCUUGGUUGGGAACAAAGUGGACCUGGAAAGUGAGAGGGAGGUGUCAUCCAACGAAGGCAGGGCCCUCGCCGAAGAGUGGGGCUGCCCCUUUAUGGAGACUUCUGCCAAGAGCAAAACGAUGGUGGACGAACUCUUUGCCGAAAUCGUGAGGCAGAUGAACUACGCCGCGCAGCCUGACAAAGACGACCCGUGCUGUUCUGCCUGUAACAUCCAAUAGCGUCCGAUGCGGCCGCCCCGGUCGGGCCUUGCCUGCUACCGCAGGCGAGGGCGCACCUCGUCCGCGCGACUGCGGAGUCCGCAGGGUGUGGGGGGUGACUCUGCAGUGCAACGGCCGCCCUCGUUGGGCGUCGAGCAGUGAUUGUCAGUUGAGGUCUCUGAGUACCACUUGGGGUCAGUACCUACAGUCUUCACCGUUGUCCUCGGCCUCCUGGACGCACCUGCAACUUGAAGGCAUAGCCAGUCUACAGGGUGAUCUCCUUCGGAAGCUGUGGUGGCAUUGUCACCGAGUUGACAGAAGCAACUAUUGUAUAAAUUCAAAAUAAUCAUGAGAGAGAAACCGGAAGAAUCCCUAUGACCACUUGCGGUUAAGAUAUUUUGUCUUCUUUGAAAAAAAAUAAAUAAAUAAGUAAAGGAGAAAUAUUUUCCUACGGAGAGUACUGAAAUUUCAGGACUUGAGAUAGUGCUUCUAACCAAUGUAUUCCGUCAAGUCAGUAACAGCUGACCUGCCAACGGCAUUACAGGGAGAGAUUCUUUCCUCAGCUGACGCAUUUCUGUUCCUCAAAAUUGAUGCUUAACUGUAGAUGUUAUCCUAACGUGUGACGCAGAACUAACUCGUGCAUCGAUCCUUGCUAGAGCAAAAAAAAUCAGAACAGGUUGUGUACGAAUACGAUCUGGCUUUCGAAUGUGUUAAAUCACCUGCUUUGCCACCCAAAAUGGAGGCUCUCACUAGGGUUUGAUCCGAAUUCAACCCCCAAGCCCACCCUCUGUUAACAAAGCGGGCAUGGUCUUAAUUGACAAGAAGAAAGCGAUGUGAUGGGAAGAUUGCCUCGCCUUACUCACAAGAAGCGUUCUGGUAGAUUAACUAGUACCAUCGUGUAAGGAAAAUGAAGCCAUGUUGCAUCCACGUGUUCCCGUUUGCAGAAACCUCACAGGACAGUACACACAUCUUGCAUUUUUUACGUUCGUUAAAGCAGCAGACCUUCUUGCCUUUAAGGGCUCUGGUUGUGGUGUGAUUCUUGGCUAACCUGCUUUCGAAAUCACGUUUGCUAUAGCAGAGCUUUAUUGCAGGCAUCUAAAAAUUGAAUAACCAUGUGAAAUAAUUUGGGCUUAAAAGUAGAACAUAAAUUAUAGAGUGGAAGGUAAGGGACAAAAAAAAACCAAAAACAAAAACAAAAAAAAACACAACCCUUUUAUCUUUAAUUUUCCUGGGGAAUUCUAUAAAGAUUUUCUUAUAACAAUUUUGCCCUGAUUACUGAAGUGGCAAAUAAAGCUAGAGAGAAUAUUUUCUUUUGAAAAGGUGCUCAAGCUCUGACAUUUUGGGUUUUCAUAGCCGUGAAGUAUUUAUCAUUUGCAUGACUAGUGGCACAGGAAAAACCUAUUCGUAGGUUUUACAAUCAAGUGCAGAAGGGUUUUGAGCAAACUUCAGAGCUGUAAAUGCUGAAGAGAGUAUCCUGAGCGAAUCCUCUGGAGAUAGAUUUGGCCUUCAGAACUGCAAUAGCGCUGAGCCUGCGAUCUGCAUCCUGCCCCACACUUUGUUGCUUUCACACACUUGGGCAAGUAACCGCUGGUCUUCUGUGGGUACCUGAGAGAGGAGCGUGUGUUUGCGUGUGCAUGUGUGUUUAUUGUUCCUGAGAAUUUGGCACAAGUCAGAGAUCAUUGCCUACACUGAGCAUCCCUACUGCAGAAUAUAGUGUAUCAAAAACAUUUUUUAAAUUAUUUGCGUGUUUUUGACACUUUCUGAAAUCCUUGGUAACCCCCAAGUGUUUAGUGAGCUGGCAUUAAGCUUAGCGGAUAGCAGAAAGGUGGAUAGUACUUUUCAUAGGUGAGAAAACAGAGAUAUGUGGAUCCAACCAGGCUGUGAUUGUUAAAAAUCUUUGAAUUGUGAAUAUUUGCAUUCUUCAAUAUCGGUUUUUGUUUUUGUUUUUGUUUCUUUUAUAACCCCCAAUUGUGAAGCACCUUGUUUACAGGAUGGAAAGUUCUAACCCAUUUUACUGAAACAGAUUUCAGUAUGUAACAGUUGAUUUGACUCCAAACCUUUAGAGAAACCAGAGAUUCAAGAAGUACGAUUUAUCUACUGAAAAAUAGAAAUAUUUGUUAGUGAAUCAGUUGAGACUUGAAGCGUCUAACUUCUCAGAAUGAUUGUUUUUUUAGAAUUCCAUAUUUAACAGACAACUAAGAGCACAUAUUAAAAACAUCUAUAAAGACUCUACAGUUUUACACUACGGAUUGCCAUGCAGACAAGAAAAAGAAGUCAAAUAUGAAAAGUAUGGCAAAAUGUAAGGUGGAAAGAUUAAAAAUCCGGAUUUUCGUCCCCCGUGUUUGCGUCAGACAGUAAGGUGGGUUUUCGCUGUAAAGAUGUUGGUAAGAACCGAUUUGGCUGCCUGAUCAGCGUCUGCACACAGCCCUUCAUAUUUAGUGACAAAGCAUCAAAGAUAUCCAGAAACAUGGGAACCCUCUUGUGCUCUUAACUGUUGGUAUUUCAUCUGGUAUGAAUAUAACUCGGUUUGAAUGAAUGUGUUUGUUGAGAUGUUAAUAACAAGCUUAAGAACGGGAGGAUUGAAUUUGUUGGCACACAAAUCAUCGUGGCUACAGAGAAAAGUUGGUGACCUUGUGUCGCUAUUUAUUUUAUGCCCUGAUCAGACUAGCACCUAGAUAAGUGAAAGUUUUUCUAACAUGCCUUAAAAAUGUUAUGGUUUGAUCCAAAGACCCACUUUUUCUUUAGCUAUUUGUGAUAAGCUUUUUCCUUUGUUUUCCUUUUGUGUUGUUUUACUUUCAACACAGGCAGCGUUUUUUAAGUUCUUUUUUUUUCCCCCUUUUAUGUUGCAGCUUUUUGGGGGGGUUCUUUUUCAAGCUGUGAUAGUGAUGGUAACGGAUGCCUUUCAUUUUGUUCAAUUUACAACAUACACGCCAGCAUCGGAUCAAAAGCGUUACGUAAAAUCUUCCUUAAACUAUCGAAAGGUGCUCCGUGAUCUUUUCCUUUGGUUCGUAGAACUAGAACUGAAUUUUUGACUAAGUGCUAGAAUUGCCGUCACUCUUCUGUGGAAAAACUACUGAUAUUUUAUGCUUUUCUUUGUGAAGAAAUGUUGCCUAAGGAUGUCUGCUGUGUGUUUUCAGGAGUUUUCCAAUGGGAAUGUUGUCCGUGUAUGUCUGAAUGUGAAAGUGCUUAUUUUGUUUGUUGCUGUUGGUUUUCCGCUGUUUUGUUUUGGUUUUUAGUUGUUCUUCUCACUAGCCUUGUGUUCACACUGGUAAGCUUUACCUGUCUCCUUGGCCAAUCAAACGUUUGAGACUAUGGGGGUCUUUUUUUUUUUUUUUUUUUUUUUUUUAAUUAACGUGUCAUUGUGCAUCUAUUAAAUCUUGAUCAGGGUUUCAAGAAUGACCGCAGUGGGUUUUGGAAACAGACUUAUCAUUAUUGAUUUGGGGUUUCCCAGAGAUAUAGUUCACAGUUCAUUGUUGAGCUCUAAUACAACUGACCAUUUAAAAUUGAACAACAGUUUAUUGUUUUGUAACAAUGUCAGUUGUUAAACCUUGACAUUUCGAUUAAAACAUGGAUUGUAGUUAUAACUCAAUGCAAAUUCAACAGUUGUAUUUGGAGUUAAAUUAUUUUAACAAAUAAAUUUAUUUAAUGAAACUUCCUCUG